UUGACCUUUCGUAUGCCCUGAAGCAUUUGCUCGAGGCGCCGCGCUUGAAAUAUUUGUGCCCGAAAUUUGUGGCCUUUCGUUACUAGCAUCUAGUGAGUUUGUGUGCAAGCAAGCGAACGAACGAGCAAGCGUCGGAAAGCAUGACUUGUCGACAAGGCGAUUCCGGUUUGGACGCAGCGAAGAUCCGCUCGAUCUGGGAAGACGGCUAUUCACCAUCGAAGAGCUACAGCUCGUUGUCGACCAGCAGGAUCAGUUUCGCUAAUUCGAACCAGUCGCAGAGGACUCACUCGAGCAUACCGAUACCGGCUGCCGGGAAUGACCGUCGCAGUCUGAGUACCUUUGGACCAGUGGGAUCCCCGAUGAGAAAGAAAUCGUUGGGGGCGUAUGAUUGUUCCAGCGGAUCUUUUUUGUCGAAUCUGAGCUCUCUCGGCUGCGGCAUGGAAUCAGGAUUCUCCCCGAAGCGCUCGCCGUCAUUGUGGGACUACUCAUCAGGUUAUUCAUCCGGUCAAGCCAGUUCGCUGUUCUCGACCGGUAGCUGCUCCGAUAACUCCCUCGAUCUGUCUCCCCCGACGAGGAGUGACUCUAUGAGCCUAUACGACUCGUUUGACCAUCUUCACAAUUCGGAGAUGGUCAAUGAAAAAGAGCAGCUCAACUUGAUCGCAAAAGCGAUAAGUUCCUUGCUCAUGACACGCGGCAAUAGCGUCCACGAUCGAGUCGAUACGAUCAAAGAGCUCUUCAGCCUCACCAGCGAUGGCUGUAGACGAGCCUCAGUAGCGUGCAGCGGGGGUCACUUCUUGGAGCGCGAAAGACACGUGAACGCAAUGGCUAACCAGAGGAGCCAUUUCCGGAACGAAUUCAACAGCUCUACCCAGUCGUCGUCGUUCUCCCCUGCUCUCGCUGCCGUGAAUGGGACUUACAAUAAUUAUUCGAACAGCCAACCGACAGGGAACGAUCUCGUUCUGGAACGCAUCGAACGCGAGGCGAAGCUGAGACGAACCUCUGCUUGCCAGUCGGAAACCACCUUCUCUUGGAAAGGUACACUGACCACUCGCUUCCACCCGUCACCGACUUUCGCACCCAAAGUUUUUGUCGGUGGACUGCCCUACGACGUGACCCCUGACGCUCUAACUGAGAUUUUUGGGAAAUUCGGACUCGUCACGGUGCAGUUUCCCCCUCGGGGAAGGGGACACGCUUACCUUGUGUUCGACAGUGAACAGCAAGUGCAGGCACUCCUGAACGCGUGCGAAAACAAGGGUCCUGGACAAUAUUUCUACUGGGUUUCGUCCCGUCGAGGGAAGGACCGUCAUGCCCAGGUUAUUCCGUGGGCGAUUGAGGACAGUGAUUGGAUCAUGUCGACCGAAUCAAGUUGUGAUUCGUCGCUGUCGACCGGAUCCAAUACCGAGUCCACGGAUUCCCUGUCGGACACAGAUUCUGGAAAAUUCGAAAAUGCCACGAAAAACUCUGCACCGAAGAAGACUCAGCCGCAGAGUAACGCCUACAAGAAGAACACGGUUUUCGUGGGAGCCCUCCAUGGUGAAAUCACAGCUGAAGGACUCCAACAGAUCUUGUCCGAUCUCUUCGGACCAGUUGCUCACGUAGCUAUUGACUGCGAUAAGCAAAGGUACCCCAACGGCUCAGGACGAGCGACCUUUGUGUCGCGAGACUCCUUCCGUCAAGCUGUGCUGGCCGAAUUCGUCCAGGUUAUGACGCCGAGGUUCUCGAAGAUCAUUCAGUUGGAUGCUUACAUCGAAGACGGUAUCUGUACCGAAUGCAAGACCGCGACACCGAUCUUCUGUCGCCACCCGUCAUGCUUCUGCUACUAUUGUCCAAUGUGUUUCGAGAAACACCGUCGUGAAAUGCCAGAGUAUCAUCCACCUGUAAUGAGGAAUCGCAAUAACGGCUUCACGGGCAUGCAUUCGACCUCGAAUCAUAACGUCAAUCGUCCUAAUCGAGCGAAGACCCUCUAAACGGGAGGGUUUUCGCUUCGCGGAUCUCAGCAAUCCAUGUCUAGAUGUAAUUUAAGCCCCCCAAGUUGCCAUCAUAACAGAUACUAUUGCUGGUUCGGUCCGUUCACCUACCGCAGCCGGUUCGUGUUUCAUGCGCCGAGGGAUCCGUGGUACGCGACGUAUCUCUUAGCAUCGGAAACCGCUGAUUCCCGCCAGCUAUUGAAACUAUGGCGUGGAUGGAAAUCAGCUCCAUUUGUCUACUAUAUCUUAUACUUUCUUGAAAAUACUUUUAGGGGAGUCGGUCUCUGAAUUAUAUCCGGCAGACCGGACUCGAGUCACCAUAACUUAGUCACUAGCCACAACAUUGAUAUUGAUCCGCUAAUUGCUUUUCGUGCCGAUGAUGAAAAAAAUCAAGGAACAGACACGAACGCACGGAGGACGUGCACGCUGGGACGUUCUGUUCCGGAAGCACUCGCCUGUCUCGUUCGAGACCUGAAGAUCAUCAGACCGGGCAAAGGCUUAACGACGAAGUUUCGACGAUUGGCGAUGAGGGAAAGUCGACUCGCAACAAAUCGGUGACAUAGUGAAUUUAUCCAUUAUUAGCUCCAAAUAUGUAGAUGAUGAUCAUCGGACGUCUGUUUUAGACUUCGAGUCUUCGAGAAUUUUAAGGAAUUCCUCGCCUAAACUUUGUCGAUGAGAGCCUAUUUUAAGCAAUUGCAGAGCCGCGGGCGUCUUACCGAUAGAUUGUCGACUAUAGUUGUCAUAUCUGUCUUAUUCCCUCAUCCUCCUAGCCAGACAGCUAUUCGUGGAUUCAUUCGUUCAUUCAUUCAUACGUAGAUUAUUCUUUUCAAUGUUCAUCAAGUCGUGGGUGACGUCAAAGCCGCCGAUCACGUCGGGGACCUUCAGUUUCCGAUCCGUCCCGGAGAGAUCGAGCUUUGCCAAGGACGGAUGACAUGUGGAGAAAUAUCCUUUUCUCUGUCACCUAGUCCUACUCGAAAUCGAAGGCACGCUCGAAGCGUUCGGAAGGUGAACCACACACCGGUCCCCACUUGAAUCUCUUACGAAUUAGGAAAACACAAUGAGUUAAUGACGAGAAGUCAUUACGUUAUAACUGAUCCGUUAUUCACUAAUAAAUGUUUUUCAUAAACUCCUCAAACGA